AUAUAAUAAAUAAUGUCAACUUCAAUAAUCAAUUGAGGGUAGUUCUACUAACAGCUUUUCUACCUACAGCAUUACAACACUCCAAAUAACUAUCUGAAACCACUUGAACUUUUUUAAAGUUAUUUAUCUGAUGUCUGUUUCUGCGGCUCGUUUAACAGCAGCCUGACUUCCAGGAUAAUCUCUCUAUCUUCUCUCUCUUCUCUGUUUCUGUUGUUUAUUUGCCAAAUCAUCAAGUUCUGAGUCGUUAUCCAUCGGACGGCCUUUAAUUACAUCUGAUGUGAAAAGUCCAGGUCAAUACUUUCCGACAGGCCGAGCUAAAUAAAGAAAUCAAUGAGCUGCUGAAACGUUGGAGAGAGUGGGACGAGAGGAGGGGGAGUCCGUUUGCUCCAUACAGAAGAAUGUUCAUCAAAUCCGUGGGACAAGCUGAUGCUUAGAUAUUUCACAUCAAAAUAUUUGAUGUUUGGAUUUGAGGUUAUUUGUUUUAAACUCCAACCUGUGCAAUGAGUAAUGUGGAGAUACCGGCUGGUUUGAAAGAGCUGCUGCAGGGAUACACGGUCGAGGUGCUUCGCCGCGAGCCGCCGGACUUGGUUGAAUUUGCUGUGCAGCAUUUUACACGAAUUCUGGAGGGCCAAAGAAACGACCAAGGAGCCAAGAAACGCAGCGCCAGACCUGCACGGAAAGGAGUGACCUUUGACACAAAGUCAAAUAAGCCCAAAAAGGUGGAGGAAGAAGAGGAGGAGGAGGAGGAAGACACUGUUAAGUCCACCGCCAGUAAAUACAAUCGCAGAGUUUCAGUUUGUGCAGAGGCGUACAACCCCGAUGACGACGAGGACGAUGACGCAGAGCCUCGGGUUGUGCAUCCAAAAACGGACGAGCAGCGUCGCAGACUUCAGGAUGCGUGCAAAGAUAUUCUACUGUUCAAAACACUGGAGCAGGAGCAGUUCUCUGAGGUUUUGGACGGCAUGUUCGAGGUGCUGGUCAAACCUCAGGAGCACAUCAUCGACCAAGGAGACGAUGGAGACAACUUCUAUGUCAUAGAGAAUGGUGUGUAUGAUAUUUUUGUGCAGAAGGACAGAGUGAGCGUGUGCGUUGGAAAGUAUGACAAUAAGGGCAGUUUUGGUGAGCUGGCUCUCAUGUACAACACGCCGCGAGCUGCUACAAUCACUGCGACACAGGAAGGCGCCCUGUGGGGCCUGGAUCGAGCCACAUUUCACAGACUGAUUGUUAGAAAUAAUGCAAAGAAGAGGAGGACGUACGAGGCCUUCAUUGAGUGUGUUCCUCUUUUGAAGUCUCUUGAGCUCUCUGAGAGGAUGAAGAUUGUUGAUGUUGUGGGAGCCCGAGUGUUCAAAGAUGGAGAGCGCUUGAUAACGCAGGAGGAGGAGGCCGACUGUUUCUACAUCGUGGAAUCAGGAGAGGUGAAGAUAAUGAUAAAGAGCAAAGCGAAGGCCGGCCAGCAGGACAACAUAGAGGUCGAGGUGGCUCGCUGCUCCAGAGGGCAGUAUUUUGGGGAGCUGGCAUUGGUCACCAACAAACCUCGUGCAGCAUCAGUUUAUGCUGUGGGAGAAACCAAAUGUUUAGUAAUUGACAUCCAGGCCUUUGAGCGUUUGCUGGGACCCUGUAUGGACAUCAUGAAGAGGAACAUUUCCCAGUAUGAAGAACAGCGGGCGGCACUUUUUGGCUCUAGUGUAGAUUAAAACAGGACACGUACUUUCAAAAUAAAGCAGUAUUUAAGUACAUAGUGAACUCCCCUUGAGGUAAAUGUAACACAGAGCCCAGUUACUUAACUAUCCAAAUCCAAUACAUUGGAACAAAAUUUGUUUAUGUAAAUAAGCAGGUGAUUAUGCAACAGAGACAAUUCGAUUGCCACCGUUUUAUAGUUGUUUACCUGAACAGAAUUCAUGUUUAUUUGCCGUUAUUCUGCUGGUCAAUCCCUGCUCGACUAUUUUAUAAUACAAAGUGCCGUAACAUUUGUCUCUUGAACUCAACACACUGUUAACAACCCCUUCUGAUGUUAACGUAAACCUUUGUAUGAAAUGUAACCUGGUUUUUAAUAACCGGCACGUCUCGAGCAUUAAAGGUUUAGCUCGAUAAAAAUAUAAAGACAUUUUUACCAAAUAAAACACAUGAUAUAAAAAAACCAAAGGAUUAUGUCUUAAAUAUUAAAGUUUUCUUGAGUUUGUUUUAUUUGAGUUACAAAAUAUGAAGUGCAAUCAGCAGACUCCACGGGAGAGUUCGCCAACCUUCUUGUGUUACAAGUAUUUACACCCAAAAAUCAAGGAUAUCCAUCUAAAUCUCACACUCUGCAUUCGGGUUUGUCCCAGAGUUCAAGUCUCUGUUAAGUUGUCCAAGUUCCAUUGUCAAAGUUUAAAUAUUUAAAAUAUUUACAAGUCCUGUAUUCAAAAACUCCCAAAUCAUAAUGUAGCUUGUUCAUUGCAAAGGCAGGUGCUGCUUCAGUAUUGUGAGAAAAGAGCAGAGCUGGUUAAACGACCGUGGUCCUCUACAGGGUCUCCAGAGUUUUACACUUAAUUCCUCCUCUAAGAGAAAGCCUGGGCGAGAUAGUCUGUACAUAAUUAUUUAAAAUGACAUGUUGAAAUGUCUUUUUAGCCAUUGCGGUGUAAAGGCUUCUAUGAUCCACCCUUGUGAAGAAAUUAAUAUGACAAUCAAUAAAAGACAGAUGAAAGAAAAAAGGCCACCAAGAUAGUCACUCGUUCACCAAACAUCCUGAUUUCUUUUUCUUCAGAGCAUCUUCGAACAUUAAAAUAAAACUCCAAUAAAUAGAAAUACAGCAGAGAAAUGGUCAAAUAAGACUGAUACUGGUUUGUCGAUCCGAGUUCUUUUGAGGAAGACCAAAACACCCGACGGGAGUGACAAAAGAAAAAAUAGACUUAAAACAAAAAACGUUGAUAGGGUAUCAUCCUACACAUUCCCAUUGUGUCAAGGGGGAAAAAAAAAAAACAAGUUCUCUUAUUCCUCUGGUUUCCUGAGGCUCAUCCGCAAGAACGUCCAUUGAUGAUACGGCUUCCAGCAGUGACGGUUACACAGAGGUGAUGACAAUCAUGAGGUGUGGUGAGAUGCUGGAGAUCCUGUUGAGAAGGUCGGGGGCCAGCUGAGAUAAGUGGCUCUCUGAAAACUCGCAUUGUGGGAAAAUCUGUAGCACAUAGGCAGGCUGGAAAAACAGAGGAAAAAAACAAUCAAUUACUAUAAUUACAAUAAUUUACGUGCAUUGUUUGUGAGAUUAUUUUCACUAAUGUAACUUGUAUGUAUAUUUCCUUAUUAAAUAUAUUAAGAACCUGAACACUAGCAGUCGUGUCUCACCUGAUUGGAACCUGGGUUGGGGAUAUUAAUGAUACCAGCUGCCAACUUUGCCUGCAAGUAGUUGAUGAAAGCGGACUUAAGAGCUUGAGUUUGGUUCAGCACGUCGUCUUGAUCUCGUCCACAAGGCAAAGCGAGGAGAAGACAGAAGUCGGUGUCUCCCUGUAGGGAGAACAAUGUAAAUGUUGUUAGACUCCAUUUAAUGAAACAGAAAAAUUACUCAACGGGAGUAAGACACAAGCACGCGUACCGUCAUUCUCCGGGCUACACUCUCUAGUUGUGAAGCCUCGAGCCUCAUUCUCUGGACUAUCCUAAGCAACGCGCCUCCUUCUUGAAGCGGCAGAGACCGAUGAGCCAAAGCUUUGUUACCGCACACAAAAUGCAACUGGACUGCAGCUGUGUCGUUCUUCAGUGCCAGCAGGCCUUGCCACACAAUAGGGUAUUUCUGUUCAAAUGUGAGACAAAACAAAAGAUAAGUAUGUCAGACAAAGACAGCUCUUGUUCAGAUACACAACCCUGAACACAAUUUAUACGGAGAAGUUUUGUCUUACCGUCAGCAGCUGCACCAUAUUAACAGGCUGCGACAUCUUGCCAUCUGGUUUUGUCUGGGGGUCUGCACCCUGAGGAUUCGAGACAAUAGUGUAAUGCGUCAGGAACAGUUUCUCCAAUAUGAAAAUAUAAACCCACAUUUGCAUGUAUUAUUGGCAGCCUCGCUUAUCACCACAAACCACAGCUUUCAAAAUGCCCAUGAAGUUAAAUCUACAGCUCUCGAAACAAAACUGAACAUUACCGAAUAACAUUCAUGCUGGAAGGAUUUAUUCAAGGACUGCAUUACUUUUAGCUAGGAGUACCUACUAAACUGGAGUGUUAAGUGCAGUGAACUCACCAUGGUUGGUGUGACGGUCAGUGGUGGCUGGUUAAGUCCAACAGGAGACGUCUCUGGUAUUUGAGAAUGGAUGCCUCUCGGGUUCGAGUACAUCCCAGUAUACUCUGGGAAUGAGCCACUAGAUCCUGGUGGCAUUAGCUGAACUCUCUGGGGAGAUGCCAUAGCUUGCCCGGUUUGUCUGAUCGCCAUCAUUCCAUCUUUAGGAAGAGGAGAGUGUGGUCUCUUUGCCUCUAAUGGCUUGGUUAUAUCCUUCUCAGACACACCUUUAGGCAGAACAUGUGCUCUUGGAGACAAAGAUACGGGCAGGCUGGAGGAUGUAGAAGAGGAGGGAAGGGUCUCUUGAAUGUGUCCAGAAUGAGAGUCAGUGGCCAAUCGUUCUCCCUGUUGGUGCAAGAGGACACGCAUAUCUCUUUGUGCCAUGUACGUUUCUAACGGGACACUGGUCCGCAGAGGCCCGCGAGGAUCUGACUGCAUAGCCUCCGGUUUUAACU